AUGAAGUCCCGUCGACCCAGUGUCACCGACUCCGGAUCCGAGUCCUCAGAGUGCGACUCUAAGAGUCCGGAAAAAUUCGAGACUGCCACGCGGCGAAGGAUGGCAGCCAACGCCCGGGAGAGGAAGAGAAUGCAGGGUUUGAACACAGCCUUUGACCGCUUACGGAAAGUGGUCCCCCAGUGGGGCCAGGAUAAAAAACUGUCCAAGUAUGAGACCCUUCAGAUGGCCCUCAGCUACAUCAUGGCCCUCAACCGGAUCCUGACGGAUGCCAGGAGGCACAACGCUCCCCACAGGCAGUGGCUGGACCUGCAGUUUGACUGUGUGCAGCCUGACGACUACUCCUGCCUCAUGAGGUACAACUCCCCGACGGAGCAGGAGUACAUCCACUCCUCAUUCUCAUAUCCGUUCGAUGGCCACCAGAUCCAAACAUAA